AUGUCUUGCAUCUUCUGCCGCAUCAUCAAGGGCGAGAUCCCCAGCUUCAAGCUCUUUGAGAGCGAGAAGACCCUGGCCUUCCUCGACAUUGGCCCAUUGUCCCAGGGACAUGCACUGGUGAUCCCCAAGUUCCACGGUGCCAAGUUGGCCGACAUCCCCGACGACCAUCUCAGUGAGGUGCUGCCCGUUCUCAAGAAGAUUGUGACCGCUUCCGGGGCCGUGGACUACAACGUGCUGCAAAACAAUGGCACAAUCGCCCACCAAGAGGUGCCUCACAUCCCCAAGCCCAACGAGAAGGAGGGCCUGACUAUUGGUUGGGACUCCAAGCAAGCCGAUAUGGACAGGCUGAAGGCUUUGUGUGAGGAUAUCAAGUCGAAGAUGUGA